GCAGACAUGUUUUCUAUUUUUAACUUUAAGUUUAAAGUGGUUACUCAGAGCAAUACGAUACAAUAAUGUGUAGGAUACAAGAUAUGUCUCAAAACAUGCAUUGUUUCAAACAAAUGAAAAUAAGUGACGUAUAACUAGGCCUACAUACAUAUAAGAACGUUGGACUUGAAAAUAGCACUGGAAUAAGAGAAAUAAAGGAUACAUGCGACCAACAUUUAAGAAUAUGGAAAUUGGCUGACUUGUAUGGUACAAAAAAUGUGUAAAGAGAACAUUGGUCGGAAAAUUGGCGCAAUCAUAUUUGCAAUUGUAUUUUCAUCACCCGUUAUAGCAUCUGCAAUAAUAUUUUGCUCGAACGGUUCAUUAUUGACUUAUAUUCUAUCUGGAAUUUUCAUAACAGCCACAUUAUUAGUGUUCGUAAGUUGUGGAAUUUGUAUAUUUAGGGGAUGUUCUUGUGAAUGUUUGAAUGAAAAACUUAGUGAAAAUGCACAGGAGGAUUAUGCGAGGUUACUUCCACUUGUUAUAGGAUCAUCAAAUGGAAUUAUACAUGACAUAGGUGGACUAACAGCACGUUGCAACAGAAGUAACCUGGAUAUAAACUUACAGGACCAAGUCUGCAAUUUUACUGAAGAAACGACUGCUCAUCCGGCUCGCCACUCCCUUUCUACACAACAUCAUGACAGGAGAUCCUUUUGUCAAGUGUUGGAACUGCCUCAGCCUCCCGCAUAUGAUAGUUUAUCUUCUAAAAAUGGAACCGGAACCAUAGCAUAUUAUGAUCCACCUCUAACUCAUGAUUCUCCGCCUCCAAUUUAUGAUGCUCCGCCUCCAACUUAUGAUGUCCAGCCUCCAACUUACGAUGCUCAACCACCAGGCUACGAUGCUCCGCCUCCGCCACCAACUAUCGAUGCUUCUCAAACAUGUGAAGCUCCACCUCCAGCUUAUGAUGCUCCGCCACCAGCCUAUGACACUGCGGCUCCAACUUAUGAUGCCCCGCCUCCAACUAUCGAUGCUUCUCAAACAUGUGAAGCUCCGCCCCCAACUUAUGAUCUACAUUCAACGAUUGAUACCCCAAAUUCAACUAUUGAUGCUCCAGCUCAAACUAUUGACGCUCCACCUCAAACUAAUGCUCCUCCUCCAACUAUUGAUGUUCGAACUCACUAGAAAGCUGCAAUUCAGUGGAGAAGCAAAUCAAUCCCAACGAACAUGAAAAAAUGGAAGCCAUUCUUAUCUGAGUAUUAAGGAAGUUUGAGUUGCAAAUAUUCAAAGGGGUGAAGGGCGUCUGUUUCUAGUUUUAACUCAAUGAAAUAUGAGAAAAUAAAAAGGCAACAUUGGAAAAUAAAAAAAAGUAAAUAAUAGCAACUAACAUGUACACGUAUGCAUUAUUUGAACGAUUCGUAUAUUCUGCCCAUCACAUAAUACUGUACGAUGUAAUACAACAUAAAUGAUAUUUCCU